CUUUAGCUGUUUUUGGAGAUUUUUUUUAGUAACUGUUCAUUUUUACUCAGUGUUUCCACUGCAAUAUAAAACUCUGUACCUCUAUGAAAACAGAAUCAUUAGUAGAAAUAGAGACAACUCAGAAAUGUCUUGUGUUCAGUAUGACACAUUUAGAAUGCCAUAAAGAAAAAGCUGGCUUUGUUUAGUUCUUUAUUUAUUUUACAAAAACUGAGAAAAUGUUGUUUCAGUGCCCAUCAGUGUUACUGAUACUGUAUAAAAUGGUGACUUGAUGAUUAUGAUGGUGAUUCUUUUUAAUUAGUUGUCUCUUAUCUGCUCUGUAUAAACACUGCCUGCAGUUCAGCUGAAAAAUCCCCGGAAUAAAUUAUAAAUUUUUGGCAAAUGUUUAAAUGGGACAUAAAUUGUAGUUGGGUUUUAGAAAAAUAAGAAGAACCACCAAGUAAAAAUGUGGAACAAUCAGUUAUUUAGUAAAUGGAACUGUGUAAAAAGCUUUAUAUUUAAUAGUUUGUGAAGGAGGAAAUGAUGAAGGCAGAAGAGAAGAAACGAGAAGUUUAUUCCAACAUCAAUGGAAGGGCAAAGCAAAGUUGAUCAAAAGGUUUUGAGUGAAAAUCUUUAUUUGAUGAGUGAUUUUGAUGAAAUACCAUGAAUUUUUGGUUCAGCUUUUGGUCAGGUUUAGGUAAGUUUUCCAACAGAAAGGCACGUCACAGUUGAGUUGUUGAAGGGCAGUGGGAAAGGUGAAAGUUCUCUCUUUUUACAUUUGUGGUUCGGUUAAAUACUGUGAUUUGGACGAUUUUUACAAACACAACAUGUCUUUCAAAUCCCAUUAUAACCCGUGUAAUAUAUGACUGUUUUGAGCUUAUUUCUUGCCUCCAGUGCUUUCAGAAAUACUUUUUGCUGAACUGUUUUCGUUAUCAGAAAGUUUACAACCGAGCCGCCAUGUUGGUCCAACGCAUCUGUCACGUGACCACCUAGUGGCCCACUAGUGACCCGCCCAUCAAGCGGCUAUUUUCAGUUGAUGGAUACUUACCAUUAUUGUUAGCAGUAAAUAUAUAUUUCUACUUUUAAUGAGGACAAAAUAGUUUAUGAAAUGCUGACGCCAGAGGGAGAUAUGUUUGACCAACGGACAACAGGCAGGUCAGUGUUGCAAUUGUGGGACUGUACCAGUUGGUGGCGGUAAUGCACCAAGAGGUUGUUUGCUAACCGCUAUUAAAACUCAAAAGAAGUCUAAUCGCCGUAGAGUUCAUGGCUGCCGGGCAAAGUGAAACGCUAGUUGUAUGUGAUGAACUCAGAACGUUUCAGCAGUCGUGGGAGGAAGAAUUUGCGUUUGUGGAGAUGGUCCAGGCCUGCAGGCAGCUUGACGGUCUUGGUCAGGACCUGGUGGCCAUGUGUGUGAACGAUGUUCUCGCUCAGGCUGUCGAGCCGCUCUUCUUCCUCCGUGACUUUACCUGCAUCAGGCUGGACAUCGAUGUAGCCGCCUCAGUGGUCAGCGGCAUCGCAAAGGCCUGUGAGAAGGCUGGAUGUGCUCUGCUGGCUCUGCUUUCAGGGGAGGUUUUUCUGACUCCAACAAAGAUCAACAGUCGCCUGCUCCUGCUCAGGAUCCUGUGGAUCUGUCAAAGCCUUCGCUCACAUCACUGGUGGGGUGAUUCUGGAGAACAUCCCCUGGGUGAUGCCCCAGGAGCUGCCAGUGGAUUUAGGUGUUUUUCCUGAUGAGGCGCUUCCUGGUUUGUCACAUGACCAACCAGCGACGUAAAGUCAGCUGACCACAGAGAGGAAGUUUGGACAGUAAAAAAGUUUGAUAUUUUUGUCAUAUAUUAUUCUUUGUUACACCAUGUUUUUUUAAACAUUCGUGUGAAGAUAUUUCUUUCAGAAAAAAGAUAAAUUAAUGCCUAUUCAGGUCUUAACUGUAAAAAAAACCUGAUCGAAACUGUAAAUAAUUUCCACAUCUAAAAAUCUAAUCACUAAAUUCAAAUAAUUAGUAAAUAAUUUCUAGGCAUUUGCCUUUUUUGAAAGAAUUGUGUAUAUGAAAUUUAGUCUGUUUUUUUUUUUUUUGCAAAUUUUCCCAUGUAUUGCUAAUGUCCCCUUGUGGGACUAAUAAAGGAUAUUCUGUUCAGUUCUGUUCUAUUAAUUACAGAUAAUAUCUCAUGAAAUCUCUGGAAAAGUAUUAAAUGACACUUAGAGUGUGAAUAUAUAUGUGUAUAUUAUAACAUAAUUUAUUUCUUGCAAUAUUUACCAUAUUGCACUUUGUGCUAUAUUUAAAUCAUCAAAAAUAUUGCUAUUUUGCAGAUAUUUGUUGUCU